AUGCUAGAAGUUGGGUCGUUACAUGUUGCAGACGAGUUUUUGGGUGAAUAUGAAGAUGUCGCGACAUUAGAUGUGGAUGACAUAAAGUGGAUGCGGUGGGAUAGUGUUGACGCUGCUUAUGAGUUUUACAGGAGGCUGGGAAUGUGUCAUGGAUUCGGCGUCAGGAAGGGUGAUUCAGGCAAAGACUGUAGAGGAAAUCUGAUUAGAUAUAGGUUUUUUUGUAACAAGGAAGGGUUGAGGGAUGGGAGACACAACGACCGAGUUGAUAGACGGAGGGCACACAAACCUGAGACACGAACCAAUUGUGAGGCUAAGCUCUCCAUAUACUUUGAUAAGACUGAGCGUUGUUGGAAGGUGCGAAUAGUUGCGACAGAACAUAAUCACGACUUGACGCCCGCAUCAAUGGUCCAUCUGAUAGCCAACCAUCGUGAAAUGACCGAUGCAGCAAAGGCUCAAAUUGAUGGGUUGCAUGCUAGUGGCAUUGCGACAUCAAAGAUUGUUGGAUACAUGGCCGGAAUGGCUGGUGGGUACUCGUUGUUGGGUUUCUUGAAGAAGGAUGUGUACAACUACGUCGACAAAACCCGGCGCGCUAACAUAUCGGAUGGCGAUGCGAAUGCGGCUGUUGUUUAUCUGGAGGGAAAGGCUGGUUCGGAUCCUAUGUCGGUUGCUAGAUAUAGUAUAACAAAAGACGCAAGGCUGGCAAAUUUAAUUUGGGCCGAUGGAGCUAGCAGAGUUGAUUAUCAACAUUUUGGAGAUGUGCUGGCCCUCGACUCGACAUAUAAGAAAAACAAGUACAAAAAACCUCUCGUGAUUUUUUCAGGGUCUAACAACCACAAGAAAACCACGAUUUUUGGGUUUGGUCUAUUAUUUGACGAGAGUGUCAGUUCUUACAAGUGGAUGUUAGAAAAUCUGCUGGAGGUGAUGUGCAGGAAGAAACCGUCUGCGGUUGUGACUGACGGGGAUAAGGCGAUCAUAAAGGCAGUCUGA